AUGAUCUAUGGAAUAUUACUUGAGAGUUGUCGAGACGGUGUCUGUGAAACCUAUGGGCCCGCCACAUGGAAACGAAUCGUUCAAGAUUUAAAUUUCGAACAUGAAUCAUUCACAACGCUUGGUCGUUACGAAGCAAACAUCAUCGAGCGAGUGGCUGAAUGUCUCGCAGAAGUUCUUCAUGAAGGUACACCAGAUUUAUACAUGCAGUUUUUUGGUGAAUGUUUUGUGAGGUUUUUUACUAAUUAUGGCUAUGAUAAAAUCUUACGCGUCGCUGGUCGACAUUUUCGAGAUUUUCUUCUAUCGAUUGACCAACUUCAUGAUUCCAAUCGAUUCAGUUUUCCAAAAAUGAAAUCACCUUUGUUUCAUGUAACAGACGAAGAUGAAAACGGAGCAGUUUUACAUUAUAAAUCAAAACGGCGAGGUUUUCAACGGUACAUCAUCGGACAGUUGAAAGAGUGUGCUGCAAGAUUUUUCAAAGAAGAAAUCUCCAUUCGUAUUCAAGACGAUGUUUCAUCGAACGAAUAUACACAUAUUGUUUUUCGUGUGGAUUUUCAUAAUUAUCAAAUGAAAACCAUUGGCAAACGUUUUAUUCAAAAUCCCACAUUGCCCGAUGUGACUAGUGCAACAUUUUUCAAAGUUUUUCCGUUCGCGAUCAUCCUUGAUCCUCAAAUGCGAAUCUUUCAUAUUGGAGACUCAGUGAAAAAUGUUUUUCCACCUAAAACUCAACUAAUUGGUCGACAUCUUGAUGAUGUUUUUUGUCUCCUACGGCCGGAUAUUUUACUGGAAUGGAAUCGAGUUCUCUCGUACGGUCGGCAUAUCGUCUUUGUCAUCGAAAGUCGCAUUGCGCUACAACCGGCUUCAUCUAUUAUUGUAAAACAAUUAGGAACGGCACAUGCUACUUCUCAUCUUCGACUUAAAGGUCAAAUGAAGUUAAUUAGUGCUUGGAAUAUGAUCGCCUUUCUUUGCCACCCGGAAUUAACAACAGCAGAAGAAAUGCUUUCCGUCGGUUUGUUUCUCCACGACAUAAACUUCUACGAUGGUAGCAGCGAGAUUCUCAUUGCUGGUAUGCAACAUGCUCGGACAUUACAAGCAGCUAUUGAUAAACAACAAGCAUGGAUAACUAAAUUACAAGGCUCAAAGCAUGAAUUAAUGGAAUGGCGUCGUAAAGGAAAACGUCUUCUAUAUAAUAUUAUGCCACGACAUAUUGCACAAAUGUUGCAAGAAGGUGUACUGGCGAAUUCUAUUUGUGAAUCUCACAAAUUGAUAACGGUUCUGUUUGCUUAUUCGAUUGAUUUUAAAGAUGUGGUGCAAAAACUUGCUCCGCAACAAAUCGUCGAGUCAAUCAAUGCAAUUGUCAAUGCAUUUGAUCAAUGUUCAGAGCAUUUCGAUGUGUUUAAAGUGGAAACCAAAGCGGAUUCGUCUUACAUGGUCGUGUCUGGUAUACAAGAUCGUGGUCCGACGAACCAGCGACGUGCAUCAACUGCAAGUGGAUCUUCAAUAACUAGUGUGGCAUUCUCAGAAGAACUCAAUGGUGACUUGAAAAAUCCGUUGGGUCUCAAUCAAGCAGAAGUUAUUGCUGGUCUAGCGCUUGAGAUGCUGGCAAGUUCGAAAAAAGUCAUUAAUCCUGUAACAGGACAACCGUUUCGGCUAAAAACUGGUUUCCAUUCCGGUUCAGCUGUCGGUGGUAUCGUCGGUGCGAAAAAUGUGCAAUACUGUUUAUUUGGUGAUACAGUCAAUACGGCUAGCCGAAUAACCACGACUGGAGAGCCGGGACGGAUUCACAUAAGCGACACGGCUUAUCUACUUCUCAAAGGAUCACCUUAUUUCGAAGUUGAAAAUAAAGGUCCAACCGAGUUAAAAGGUAAAGGCAUUGUUGAAACAUACUGGUUAGUUGGCCCGAAAUCCACAUAUACCACAGCCAUUGAACUAGAUCCAUUGCUUCUUGUUGAAGAACGUCACUCUGUAUCUGGACACAGUCACCAUCAUCAUGGAAGUCCUCGUCAUCAUCAUACAGGUUCGCAUGAUUCUCAUAAUAGGAAUGUAGCUGAUGGUCGUGGAAGUCAAGCAUCCCAACGAUUAUCAACUACUAUCAAUAAAGCAUCGCAUCCGACUGGUGGUUGUCCAUUUAGUGGUCACUGA